CAGCAUUUUCCCUCUGAUUCCUGUGUCAAUUAGGUCAUCUGGGGGAGACACACCUAAUGCAACUGAAUUACAAUGAGAGAAGUGCCAGUGCUGAUGGGUUUGUAAUUGGGCAGAGCUGACUCAUUAGAUUACUGGCUGUGCCCAAUUGGAUCACACUUGUCGCACCCUGUGUGUGGGGGGAACAGGUAGAACUGGUUACUGGGAGUCGGAGAAAUCUUAGUUUAAUUUCUUUUCUCUACCUCAGUGAUGGAGGCUGCUGAUCUGAGAGCUGAGCUGAGCUGCUCCGUCUGCCGGAACAUUUAUACCAACCCUGUAAUCCUGCCCUGUGGGCACAACUUCUGCCUCAUCUGUAUUGAGAAAACCUGGGACUGGCAGGAGGGGAUAGAGGAAGAUCCUUCCUGCCCUGAAUGUAGGCAGAGAUACGGGCAGAAACCUGAGCUGAUAAAGAACCUGACACUGCGGAACAUCGCAGAGCGAUUCCUUUCUACUGACCCAGAGCCGGACGGGACUGAGAAUUCUGGGAACAGAAAAUGCUCCACCCACAACAAACUCCUGGACUGUUACUGCUAUGAGGAUGGGGCCCCUGUCUGUGUGUACUGCUGCCUGGCCAGGGAGCACCGGGGCCACAGGGUGGAGCUGCUGAGUGAGGCCUCUGAGAAGAAGAAAGAGAAACUGAGGAAAGUUCUGGAGAAACUGAGCCCAGAGAGAGAGGAGACUGAGGGGCAAAUCCAGAGGCUGCAGGAGCGCAUGAGAAAAGUGGCAGAAGUGGCAGCCGGUGAGACAGAGAGAGUCACUGCCCUGUUUAGGGGCAUCAGGGAAGAGCUGGAAGCCCUAGAGAAGCGACUUUCCGAGCCCCAGAGGCCAGAAUGCGGCUACGGCGCCAGAGUCCAUUAA